GUAUAUAAUGACAUAUAAUGACAAGAUCCAAGCAUUUCACUGAAAUAUAAAUUAGAUCGAUUUUCUAAAUGAAAGUGGGUUUCAUUUCUGUUUACUUUCGGAACCAUGUUUUCUAAUCAGGAAAUUCCAAGUCCAUUUAAAUGACAUCUGUCAUGCAACAUAACCAGCAAUACAGAAACAGGUGAAUGAUGUUAUUACAAUUCGUUAUGGGAAAUAAAUAAAAAAUUGAUUUAGUUAUGAAUGGAAUGUUUCUGUAAACUUCGCUUUCUGUUUUGACGUUGUAUUUUAUAAAAAUGAAUUGUGGAAAUGUUGAAAACAUCACGAAAUGAAAACAACGCAGAAUCAUUUCAUAAGAAUGCAGUCCAAGAUGUUCUACGUGUUGCAAUUAUAAUUUAUUUUGAAUUUAUCAAUCGAACGAAUAUAAAAUAACAUAAUAAUUCUAUUUCAUCAUCUGGCGGUACAGAGAUAUACAAGUGAUACCAAUCGAUUCAUAACAUUUCGUUUCGAAUUUGAUUAUAAGAGACCGGUUCCUACUCAAAAGCGUUAAAUUGAAAAGUUAUUCUGCUAGUAGUGUAUAUUCAUUAGUGCAGGUUCAACAUUGACUAUAAUGUCGACACCGAGGAAUAUUGAUAAAAAUGGAAAUGGAAAGGAAGCCAGUCCUACCCCUAGCCCUCCUGAUCAACCUAAGCUCAUGCCCGGAGGCAACUACAUCCAAACAGGCAGAGAUUCAGCAAAAAGUACUUGUCUCAUUUUUGCACCUCACGACGACGAAUGUGGAAUCCUGGCCAAGUAUUUGAAAAUUUUCAUGAAGAACGAUGUUAACCUGUUGCACAUUGAAUCGAGGCCAUCUUCCAGGAUGCCUGGACGAUAUGAAUUCAUGGUGGAAUGUGCCCCAAGUGGAGAUAUCGCAUCUGCAAUCAUGGACAUCAAAGACAUGAGCGACUAUCUUAAUAUAAUUUCUAGAGACUACAGGGAUAACAAAGACAGUGUACCAUGGUUUCCAAGAAGAAUAAGAGACCUCGACAAAUUCGCCAAUCAAAUAUUAUCGUAUGGAGCUGAACUGGAUGCUGAUCAUCCAGGAUUCACGGACCCAGUUUACAGAAAAAGAAGGAAAUACUUUGCAGAUAUCGCCUACAACUACAAACACGGGGAGCCUCUGCCGAGGGUGGAAUAUACGAAGGAAGAAAUAGACACCUGGGGAAAAGUAUUCAGACAAUUGACAGCCUUAUAUCCAACUCACGCCUGCAAAGAACACAACCAUGUGUUUCCCCUUCUCGUCCAGAAUUGUGGUUAUAGAGAAGACAACAUACCUCAGCUUGAAGAUAUAACUAAUUUUUUGAUGGACUGUACAGGCUUCAGACUACGACCGGUAGCUGGAUUACUUUCGUCGAGAGAUUUCUUGGCAGGCUUGGCUUUCAGGGUGUUCCAUUCGACGCAGUACAUACGUCAUCCCAGUAAACCAUUCUACACGCCAGAGCCUGACGUAUGUCACGAACUUUUGGGACAUGUACCAUUGUUUGCAGAUCCGGCCUUCGCCCAGUUUUCACAAGAAAUUGGUCUAGCUUCUCUGGGAGCUCCAGAUGAUUACAUCGAGAAACUAGCUACCUGCUUCUGGUUCACAGUAGAGUACGGAUUAUGUCAAGAAGACAAUGAGAUCAAAGCUUACGGAGCCGGACUAUUAUCUUCAUAUGGCGAACUUCAAUAUGCAUUAGAAGGAAAAGCAGAAAUAAGACCUUUCGAACCUGAAAAAACAGGAGUGCAAAAAUAUCCAAUUACAGAGUAUCAACCAAUCUACUACGUUGCAGAAAGUUUCGAUGAUGCCAAGGAAAAAUUGAUUAAAUAUGCUGCGAAGAUUCCUAGGUCCUUUAGUGUGAGAUACAAUGCCUACACUCAAAGUAUAGAAGUUUUGGACUCUAAACCACAGGUGGAAAUGCUACUUGGCAACAUAUCAAAUGAACUGGCCAUACUGAACGAUGCUCUGAAAAAAUUGUAGUUGUAUAUAGUUAUUUUAUCAUAAUUGUAUAAUUUUAAGAACCCAAAAUCAUAUCUUCUAUAUAAUUUAAACUAAUAACUUAGUAUUAACUUAGGAAGUACUGAUAAUUUGUAGAUAUUGUAAGAAAAAGUAGUGGAAAUAAUAACAAGUUUCUGCAGAAAUACUGUGAA